AUGCCCGCCGACGAGUGGGACGGGAUCAGCCUCUACGCCGACGGUGUGCAGCUGUCUCCCGAGGAGUCCGUCUCGGCAGUCUUCGAGAGGCACCUGGGGGAGGAUGGGCUUCUGCAUCUGGCGUACGGGGCGGACCCGGCCGAGGCGCUCGCGCAGAUGGCGGCGGCGGAGGCGACCGGCAGCGAUGAAGCGGGCGAGAUCAGUCGCCAGGCGAGCGCCGCCUCCGAGCUGGAGCAGGCCCGCCAGGCGAGCUCCCGCGAGCUGGAGGUGGCCCGGCGGGCGAGCGCCUGCGAGCUGGAGCGGGUCAAGGCCGAGGGCCUGGCCGCCAUCCAGCAGGCCUUCCGGGAGGGGCAGCAGGAGCCGGCGGCGCGCGCCAAG